AUGGCGUCUUCCUCUACCUUUCCCGACCCAGCCAUCGGCCUACCACCCCGUGUGGAAUCCGAUUCCAUGGGAUCUCUUGAUAUUCCAGCCGACUGCUUGUGGGGUUGCCAAACUCAACGAUCUUUGAUGAAUUUUCCCAUUGGGGGCACGGAAUCCAAAAUGCCGUUGGAAGUCAUCUAUGGAAUGGCUCUUGUCAAGAAAUGCUGUGCAGAAUACCAUGCUGAAAUUGGAAAGAUGGAUGCCAAAGUGGCAGGGGCUAUUGCUCAAGCUGCUGACGAAGUGAUUGCCGGACACCACGAUCGUCAAUUCCCUUUGGUUACUUUUCAAACAGGAAGUGGAACCCAAACCAAUAUGAAUGUCAAUGAGGUUCUUUCGAAUCGAGCCAUUCAAAUUCUAGGCGGAGAAGUCGGUAGCAAGGCACCUGUCCAUCCCAACGAUCACGUUAACAAGGGACAAUCCAGCAACGAUUCUUUCCCUACUGCUAUGCACUUGUCGCUAACCAAGAUGGUCGUCGAAACUACUAUUCCUGGAAUGGAAGCUUUGUUGGCUGCCCUCAAUGAAAAGAUGGAAAAGUUCUCGGACAUUGUCAAAAUUGGAAGAACGCAUUGCCAAGAUGCCACUCCCUUGACACUCGGUCAAGAAUUCAGUGGAUAUGCCAUGCAAGUCGAAUACGGCAUUCAACGACUAAAGAAUAGCUUGCCGUCCAUCUGCCGAUUGGCUUUGGGAGGAACCGCUGUCGGCACUGGGCUCAACACUUCUAUCGGCUAUGACGCUGCCAUUGCCGAACGAUUGGCCAAGGCCACUGGACUACCGUUCAUCACUGCCCCCAAUAAGUUUGAAGCCCUUGCUGGACACGAUUCUUUGGUAGAGGUUUCUGGAGUUUUGAAUACCAUUGCCUGCAGUCUCAAUAAAAUUGCCAACGAUUUGCGAAUGUUGGCCAGUGGACCACGAUGUGGUUUGGGAGAAUUGUCUCUGCCCGCCAACGAACCUGGUUCCUCCAUCAUGCCUGGCAAAGUCAACCCCACCCAAUGCGAAGCCAUGACCAUGGUUUGCGCUCAAGUCAUGGGCAACCACGUCGCAGUCACUGUCGGAGGAGCCCAAGGACACUUUGAAUUGAACGUCUUCAAACCGCUCAUGAUUGCCAACCUUUUGCAGUCGGCGCGAUUGGUGGGUGAUUCCAGUCAAUCCUUCUCGUCUCGUUGUGUGGAAGGAUUGACGGUCAACAAAUCGCGAGUGGACGAAUUGAUGAAUGCUAGUUUGAUGUUGGUCACUGCCCUGAACCCACACAUUGGAUACGAUAAGGCCAGUGAAAUUGCCAAAAAAUGCCACAAGGAGGGAACCACAUUGAAGGAAGGUGCAGUUGCUAGCGGCUACUUGACAGCGGAACAAUUUGACGAAUGGAUUGUUCCCAGCGAAAUGAUUGGACCCAAAUAA